AUGUACGACGCCUACCGCAACUGCUUCCAGUACCGGCCAGAUGUGCAACGGAAGCUCGUCGAGGCGGUGCAGCGAGAGAGUCGCCUGCGGCACCUGGCUGCCCUACACGCAGGAGACGCCGCCACGUUGCGUGCGGAGGUGAGUGCUGCGGUGUUGCGCAAGGAAGGAGUGGCGAUGGAUAACACAUCGUGUUGCUGCGCUCUGGAUGCAGCGCAGCUAUUUGCCACCCAAGAGGACAUGCCGACCCCGCCUCUGCCGCUCUCUCGCUGUGAGCUACACGAGGUCCUCCUGGCGCUGUCGCCGCGCUGGCAGAGCUACCCGUGGCGGCUGUGCUUCGACACCGCCAGUGACGGGUUCAGCCUCUCCAACCUCUACCGUCGCAUGGAGGCGGUGGAUGCGAAGAAGUCGCAGGUGAAGACCGUCGCCUUCGGGCUGUUCUUUGUGCACUCUCGCGAGGACGCCGAACUGUCGAGCACGCAGGUCGCGAGCCCGACGCACAGUCUCUCGGCCUCGUCGAUGAGCGCCUCGUGCGCGGUGUCGCCAUCGACUGCCGGCGCAUCUCAUUCAUUUCGCGAGGCGCACCGCGCCAGCUCCCGGCGAUACGGCCCCGCCCACAGCGCGCUGCAGCACAGCGUGCUCGGCUGCUUCACUCCUGAGGUGCCGUGCCUCAGUCGCCACUCCGCCAACAUAUACUUUGGCUCCCCCGACACCUUCGUCUUCCGGCUGGAUCAGCUGAGCUGCGCGCCGUCGCGUGGGGCGUGGAUGGCGACAGAUGUGGCAAAGGGGCAGAAGCCCCAAGAGGCGCAGCAGCAGCAUGACAAGGCUGCUGCUUCCUUGGACACGGACUCGCGGAAGCGCUCGGCUGCCGACCCUUACACCUGUGCCCCGACCACCUCCACAACAGCAGUCGGUGCAGUGCCAGCGUACAGUUACGCGCGGCUUACCGUCGCUGAUGAUGAUAUGGCGGGAGUACCGGUGCCGAUGCCGAGCCGGGUGACCAUCGAGCACUCCGUGGGCUCGAAGCACACCAUCGACAAGUCGAUGGUGCACUCGUUACCACUCUUGCCACCAAGCGAGGUGCCGCCGCACCUGAACGCGUCGCCGCGACGGCCAACCGCCGUUUUAUCCAGCAACGCGGCUGCUACGUUCAGCGUCCGCGGCGCACCUGACAUGGUUGUGCCAUCCCCGCGGGGUAGGCGGCAUCGACUGCUGUGCCCUGUGCAGCCGGCUCGAGUGGUGCCACAGGCGCCACUGCUGGAGAAGUUCACCUGGUGCGGCAACACGCAUAAUAGAAAGUUCAUCGUUUGCAACCCGCACUUCUUCGCCAUUGGCGGCGGCCAGAGCGGGGCAGCCCUGUACGUGGACGAGGCGCUCCAGUACGGCACGAGCAGUACGUGGUGCGAGACGUUCAGCGCACCGUGCCUCUUCGGCCCGCGCAUGGGCAGCCCCGACGCAUCACCGCUAUCGUCGUGGAUGCAGUCGCACAUAUCUGGACGAGACAGUCCUCGUGGCGGCCCUGCGCGCCAGACCAGCGGCUUGCCGCACGUCGAGUUCGCCAUCAGCCGCGUCGUGUGGUUCAGCGUCACAGAGGACAAGCGCAAUCUGCGCAUGAUGAGCGUCGCCGACGCAUCUUUGCCCUCUGCUGAGGCGCACCGCUGUGGCUGUGGACGUUACAGCUGCGCUGGCGGCAGCAGCACCACGACUCUCGAUCCGAUGUCAACAGGGAAAUCAACAGCGCCAUCGCCGCCGCCCGCCUCGACGUUUGUGCACCGGUGCGACUUGAUGCCGUUUGCGGCGCCAAUGUAG